AGGCAUCAGUAACAGACAGUCUUCCUUCUAGCAAGGAUCACAAGUAAAAGCUUCAAACUUUUCCAAAAAAGCAACAAAAACACAAACACACAAAAUGUCUCUUGAACGUGCUAUUCGUGCUAAGAUUGCUGGCAAGCGCAAUCCCGAGAUGGACAAAGAAGCUCAGGAAUGGAUUGAGGCUAUUCUUGGUUCCAAAUUCCCUGCUGGUGUUGAGUAUGAGGAACAUCUCCGCGACGGUCAGGUGUUCUGCGCUCUGAUCAACAAGCUUGCCCCCAACUCCGUGCCCAAGAUCAACUCCUCCGGUGGUCAAUUCAAAAUGAUGGAAAACAUCAACAACUUCCAAAAGGCCCUGAAGGAAUACGGUGUACCCGAUUUGGAUGUCUUCCAAACUGUUGAUCUGUGGGAGAAGAAGGAUAUCGCUCAAGUGACCAACACCGUCUUCGCUCUCGGUCGUGCCGCCUACAAACACCCCGAAUUCCAAGGACCCUUCUUGGGACCCAAACCCGCCGAUGAAUGCAAACGUGACUUCUCUGAGGAACAAUUGCGCGCUGGCCAUGGUAUCAUUGGUCUGCAAGCCGGCUCCAACAAGGGUGCCACACAAGCUGGCCAAAACAUCGGUGCCAGCCGUAAAAUCUUGCUCGGCAAGUAAACAGUAUACGCACAAAAUACACGAAGGUGAAAGAAUUCGAGCACACCAACAACGGUUAGUCUAACUGACGCGGCUCGUCAACCAACAUAUUAAGUGACAAACAACAACUACGUUAACUAGUUGGUUUAAGCGAAAUUUUUGUACUACAUAUUUAAUUUGUAUAAUUUAUAAACUGAUUAUUUUUAUAUUAAAAAAAAUUAU